AUGCCCAAUUAUGUUAUGAAUGUCUUUCUUAUUCCGCAUAAUUUAUGCGAUGAGUUUGAGCGGAUGAUGAAUAGCUUUUGGUGGGGAAGAGACCAAAUGACAAGGGUGGAGGUUAGUAAGCUCAGAAAUAACUUGAUGUCUAGCGUGUUUAAAGCAAGUCUCUGGCUUGUCAAUGCUGAACAUGGCUAUGUUCAAACCAUUCAGCCACCAAACUUGUCUAAUGUUACGGUUAACCAGCUACUUGUGGAAGGAGGUAAUGAGUGGGAUAUAGGGCUUGUUAGAGAUGUGUUUGAUAAGGAGGAUGUUGAUCGGAUUUUGAGUGUUCCGGUGAGUAGUAGGAAUGUUGAUGACCGAUGUGUUCAUAAUGAUGUGUGGAUCCUGAUUUGGAAUGUUAAGUUUCCGCUCCAUAUCCGUAAUUUUAUGUGGAGAGUUUGUGCCGAUUAUCUCCCUACGGUUGAAGCACUGGCCAGUCGUCGUGUUUUUGUCUAUGCAACGUGCAUGGUGUGUAACUCAACUGAAGAAACAGUGCUUCAUCUCUUGUGUGAUUGUUCUUUAGCGAUGGAGUGCUGGAAGUUAGUCGGUCUUGGUGUUGAUAGAGGGAACGAGGUUUGCGUGCAGAGUUGGUGCAAAUCUUGGCUGAAUAAGCUGACUGAAGAUGACCAGGCGUUGGCAAAAAAGGUGCAUGGGACUGUUGAUGCUAUUAUUGCAGCAGCCGGGAAUCAGUAUGCAUCAUGGAAGGUGGCAAAUCUGAAAUUUGUCCAGUUGAAUUUGGUGGUGGUUGGUAAGGAAGAUGGCAGAGUAAGGUGGACAGCGCCUCUGCAAGGGUGGUUAAAGGUUAAUGUAGAUGCAACCGUGUUCUUAGGAAGGCACGCUAAAGGUGGUGCUAUAAUUCGGAAUCCUAGUCCCUUAGAGUCAGAGUUGUUAGCAGAGGAUUGUGUUGAUUUAGCGAAGCCGUUUCUUAAUAUUUCUUUUAUUUUUGUGGGACGAUCUGCGAAUCAGGCAGCGCAUGUUCUAGCGCAAUAUGCCAGUUCCAAUUCAGGCCAUCAGAAAUGGUUCUGUCACUUCACUGAGUAUCUCGCCAAUGUUACUGCUUCUGAUUUGAUUUAUUGGAAUCAUUUUUAUCUCAAAAAAAAUUGA